CUGUGAUCACUAUUUUAUGGGAAUCUGGGACUGUUUUUAUCAAACUAUUUUUUUUAAAUUUCUAAUCAUUUAUUUUAAUAAAAAUCAUAAUGGAAAUUUUCUAUUCGUUCUUUUUGGCUGUGGAAGAAUCACCACACACGCAGUAAGCAAGGUUGAGAAAACAAUAAAGAUAACGGGAAAAAGAAACCCGGAUAAACGAAGGAGAACCCUUUGGAUUCUGGAUCGACCUGAAGGCUUGGGAUUUUCCCGGUGGGCAGAAGGAGGAAGGAAACCCUAAUCCCAAUCUGUCCCGAAUAUGCCAUUUUUGAGGAUUGUUAGGCUUCUUCUUCCUGGAAUCAGGGUCUUGAUUAGAAGGUCGCUAAGUUGGUUGCUUUAGAUGCGAAUCCGAGGAUAUAUUCCCUCCUGGAUCUACCAUUUAUUUGGUUGCAUGGGAGGUUGUUUUGGAUGCUGCACUAAACCGCCACUGGUAAUUGCAGUGGACGAGCCUUCUAAAGGGUUGAGGAUUCAAGGUCGGUUAGUGAGGAGAGCAAGCGUAUCAGACGAUUUCUGGAGCACAAGCACCUGUGAGAUGGAUAACAGUACGCUUCAGUCACAGAGGAGCCUUUCUUCAAUCAGCUUCACAAACAACAAUGUCGUUUCUUGCGGUACAAGCAAUCCCACAGAAUUCGUUAAUCACGGGUUGAUCCUUUGGAACCAGACGAGGCAGCAAUGGCUAGCAAAUGGAACUUCUCAAACGAAGUCCAAACUCCGUGAACCUACAAUAAGCUGGAACGCGACCUAUGAGAGCUUGCUGGGCAUGAACAAGCGGUUUUCUCGUCCGAUUCCUCUCCCUGAAAUGGUGGAUUUUCUGGUUGAUGUGUGGGAGCAAGAGGGCCUUUACAUGUGAAUUUGCUUGCUACUCUUUUAACACAAAAGAGUUUUUCCUCUUCUGGGUGAUAGUGGAAAUAAUAACUUGAAACUUUGAUUGUAGCAUUUGGCAAAGAUCAGAGGAUCAGAUGUUUUGUAUAACCAAAGUGUGAAUGGCAAUUUAGAAACAAUUUCUAUUUCUUUUUUACA